AUGUGGAAUGCAACAGGUCCCGACUCGAAUCGAAAUGCUCCUCCAGGGGUUGUCCCUGACUACAACCACCCUGAGGAUGUAUACUGGACGCUUAAUAUCGUUUUAGCAGUGAUCUGUGUAUUUUUUACCACGACUUUCUUUCUCGUACGAGUUUAUGUCAAACGUACAAUUAGUCGCAAUAUAGGGGUUGAAGAUUGUUUGUGUAAUUAUGUAUUGUACAACGGUUUUAAUGAGUACAUAGUGGCCCGAUAUGGAGCAGGUUACCAUGCUUGGGAGAUACGCAAACCGGAAUACUACAAUUGGCUCAAGUGGUUCUACGCCAGUACCGUUGUGUAUAUCCCUGCCUCCUUUUUUACCAAAGCGACCAUCCUCCUCCUUAUGGCACGAGUCUUUGCUGUCGAACCGCGAGUCUCCAAGGGAAUUCGAAUAUUCAUAUGGGCGUUACUAGUCGCAUACGUCCCGAUCCAAAUAUUGCGAAUCGUCAAUUGUUAUCCUAUCCGAACAUAUUGGGAUCCCAAAGUCCACAACGCCCAUUGCCUCAACCAACGAAAGAUAUUCUUUUCGGACUUGUCGCUAUCAAUCGUUACCGAUCUCAUCAUUCUUCUUGUGCCGAUACCGUUGACAUGUCGACUUAAUUUGUCUGUCGGGAAGAGAAUCAAGAUUGUGCUGCUUCUGGGAGCUGGAGGGAUUGCGACGGCUCUAACGCUUUUUCGAGUGGUUAAAGCAGUUGACUUUCUCAACUCUGACGACAUCACAGUGGAUUAUACUCCAAUUGCCAUUCUAACGAAUCUUGAAAUCACCAUUGGCUUUGUUUGCGCCUGUUUACCUUCACUCAAUAUGUUGAUUGAGCAUCAUAUUCGAAGACGAAGACGACAACGAGAAACCCAAACCGAUCGCCGCGACCGAUCACGAGCUUCCAUGAUUAAAAGACAUUUCAGAUGGAUGAGUUCCACCACACAUGCAUCUCCGCCGCCAUCUCGACCUCCGAAUAGAGCUUCAGGUGGAAUGAUUGAUCUGGACGUGGAAAUGGCCAUGUUGACAGGUCAACCUGUACAACUACGAUCAGAGAGAUUGAGUAGCACCGAGUCUAUUGGACUUCGGCCACUUGGUCAUCGACUUAAUUCAGGGGAUGGAAGACGAGAGGGAUGGCUAUCCCAGGAUCAGGACGAUCAAGACGAGUUGCACGAUAGCAAGUUUAUCAUGAAAAUGGUGCAAGAUUCGAGAGCCAGGGCCGAAGAAGGGGCGAAAGAAUCUUGGUGUCCAGUCUGGGAUGGACCUAGAGAUCCUUUGGCCAGUCAUGGGAGCUGGAAGUAUAGCAUACGGACGCAUUAG